UCCCAGGACGACACCAUUGCAAGGUCAUUGACUCUUCUGGACACAACACUGUAGCGCUGGGCGUCGAGGGUUUCUUGGUCCUUCUGAGAGCAGCGCCUACAAACUACGAUCAGUGAAGAGCCCCUACUCGUAUACUCACCCUUUGCGUUAAACUUAGCCGUCCAGUGGCUCCAUGGGCCCCUAUGUUUCGAGCGUAUGUCGCAUGGUUUCCCUGGACAACCUAUACACGUGCGACUACACGAACCAGAGUACAAGGCAUUGCGCUUUCAUCACAAGUAUGCAAGUAUAAUGGGCUCAGUUGCAUAUUGCACACUUAUGUUCUGUUAUCUAUUAUAGUUUUACAAUAGUAUGCUAAGGAGUUGUGACAAUGGGACUGCACAAGAAAAAAAAAGUCCAACAUAAGCAGGACAAAGCUUUUUGGUUUGCUAGUUCAAACCUGCUCAAGUGCAGUCUUUUGAUACAAUCAUUUUUCAGAGAAAUACACUGAAAGCUGUUGUGCAAUGUGCUGCAUCGGAAAACGCACCACGUAAUGUUGAUACACCGCGGGUGCGCUUGUUUAGGCAGAUGCUUGGCCAGAACUGCUGCCGCCGCUGCCAAAUAUGCAAGGUACAACAUGGGCCAUGCUAGCCAACUACGAAUCUGCAGUGCACUUUUUCGACAAACGACAUUGAUGCGACCAAGUACAGCUUGAGCGCGUGAAUACGAAUAUCGAGCGACCUGCUUUAGGAAGCCGUAGCUUUUUUUUUAUUAUUCUUAUUCUUAGGGCAAGCUAAAGCAGAAGACCUUAUAUUACUAGUACAUUAGCGACCCCGUUUUUUUUUUUCUUUUAUGGGAGUACCGACAUAAAAUGCUAAAAUUGAAACCCGUCACACGCACAAAAAUGGGGUAUUUUAGCUAGAUCUUCUUGCAGCCAGCUUCGAAUUGCAUGACGUAGGUGUGAAAACAAUACAAAGGCAGCCCUUGAAAGUUUGUAAGACUCCAAAGAGCAUGGCCACUCUGGUACAUGCAGAAGCACAGGUCAGCAGACUAGCUGGCCAUUAUCUUCCUUCAACACUGCAACCAUAGUACAAGGAUUUCAGCAUCCAUAGCCUCAGAAUUUAAUAAAUGUUCAACAGUGAAUAAUUGCAAACAAGCUCAAUCCAUCACACUUUGAACAUGAACAGGUUAAGCCGCAUCUCAACUCUGAAGUCUCUUGUCUUUCUGACACAGGCUUAAAGGCAAACCUUUGAAUGGCAUCACAACCAAUACUUUUCGAAAUUACGAGAUGGUCUCCUUAAGCUGUAUUCGGUGUAUGUAGAAUGAGAACGAAUUCCAAAUUAGGCAAAAGGGGGAAGAAAAACUGGGCGGAAUGACAAUGAGUAAAAUGCCCUCCACAUAUACAAAAUUCAGAAAUGCUCCUGCGUCACUCAUGCCUCAGGGUUGCAUAUAUCGCAGUGAACAUACACCACAUAAAUCGCAGCAGUUUGCGACAUUUUGUAACCGCUGCCUAAGCUACAAGCAGCUGAAAGAGAAUAAUUAUUCCUUCCAAACUACACACUAAAGCAAAUGAUAUUCCAUCCCAUGGUAAACUAAUUAUUACGGACCAAAACUAACCAAAAAAACUAUGUCAGUACUCCUGUAAUUUUGCAGUUGGCGCUCUGAGUUGUGCACUGCCCUUUCCUAGGAACCCAUGAAACUAGCCUUGCUGAUGUGGUCGGUCAAAAACAA